AUGGCAUCAUUAAGCGAGAAGAUUCUUGCGAGGUCAACGAAGGGGGUUACUUUCCUGAUGAUGGGCCAGUUGUUCAGUAAACUUGUAUCAUUUAUUGUAAACAGUCUGCUGGUAAGAUUCCUCUCGCCUAGAAUAUUUGGAAUAACAUCCUUUUUAGAUUUCCUAUCUUCAACUGUUUUAUUCUUUAGUCGUGAGGCUAUUAGAUUGGCUACUUUGAGGAUCAAAGCUACAGGAAGUGAGAAUGAAACACGGCCAAUUUCAAAUGAUGAGAUUGAUCAUGAAAAUCAUCCUGCUGUGCUACAAUCAGUGGUGAACUUUGCUUACAUUCCUAUUUGCAUUAGUAUACCCCUUUCACUUAUACUCUGGAAAUGGCAGUAUUCAAAUCUAAAUGAGUACUUUAUAGAGUUGCCAUUUUUUAGGCUAUCCGUUAGCUUGGUGUUCCUCUCAAUUACCAUAGAACUUUUGAGUGAACCAUUUUAUGUUGUUAACCAAUUUAUGCUGAAUUAUAAAUUAAGAUCCCAAGUGGAAGGUGCAGGGGUUACGGUUUCAUGUGUUACUAAUUUUAUAGUUAUCUAUUGGUAUGAAAAUUGGGUUAAUGGGUCGGGGGAGAUGCUGCAUGAUAGUCGUAAGCAAGAAGGUAUCGCUAUUUUGGCAUUUGCUCUAGGAAAUGUUCUGAAAUCAGUGACUUUUUUUUUUAUGUACUUAUUUGAUUAUUUGAGAAGAAGUUUGGGACCUAAGAAGCAAUUCUCUAUGAUACUGACGAAAAUUUAUUUACCAGAACGGUCAUAUUCAUACUACUUUCAACCAGAUAUUUUACGUCAUUUCAAGAAAGUCUACUUUCAAUUAUGUUUUAAGCAUUUACUGACGGAGGGAGAUAAACUGAUCAUAAAUUCUCUUUGCACAAUAGAGGAGCAGGGUAUUUACUCAUUGUUAUCAAAUUAUGGAUCUUUACUGACACGUUUAUUGUUUGCGCCAAUCGAAGAAUCAUUGCUGAUGUUUCUGACUCGAUUGUUGGCGAAUAAAUCCUCAAACAAUCUAAAGCUUGCUAUUGAAGUUUUCUUGAAUUUGGUGAAGUUUUACAUAUACAUCACUAUUAUAAUUGUUAUAUUUGGGCCGAUGAAUUCGUCAUUUUUAUUAAAGUUCCUAGUGGGCUCAAGGUGGUCCAGUACGAACGUACUAGAAACUAUAAGGUUCUAUUGUUUCUACCUGCCAUUUCUUGCCAUGAAUGGAAUAGCUGAGGCAUUUUUCAUUAGCGUUGCAACAGGUGAUCAAAUAUUACACCAUUCUUACUUCAUGAUGGUCUUUUCUGGUAUUUUUCUUUCUAGCUGUUGGUUAUUUGUAGGACAUCUAAAGCUAUCGUUAGAGGGAUUGAUAUUGAGCAACAUGAUUAAUAUGUCGCUGCGUAUUAUUUUCUGCGCUUGGUUUAUUAGGAAAUUCUACAAUAAGCUGGACUUUUACAAUGCAAAGAAGCUGUUAACUAUAUCUACAGAUUUUAGCAAUGUUAAAAAAAUUGGUACCAUCUCAAUAUUUGUUGCAAUUCUCGACUGGUACGUUAUUGGAUAUGUUCAAAGCUUCCAGCAGUUAAUAUCUAAUGUUAUUUUAGCCGGUGCAUUGACAGGAUUAAUGAUCUACGGAGAAAGAGAUUUAUUAAUGCGUUUUAUUCGAAAAGAGAAUCAUGUAAAUAUAGCCAAAAAAAGCUGA